UUAGGGCUUUGGGCCAGUUGCACCAAAAAUUAGAACGUAUAUAAAGAAGAGGGGAACUAGGGUUUUCGUUCUGUCUUAGCCGCAGAAGCCCUUCCAUCUCCGAGAAAACACCAGACGGAGCGUCCAGAGCUCUAAACUCGUCGCAAAUGGUUACUUUCAGGUUCCACCAAUAUCAGGUUGUGGGAAGGGCUCUCCCAUCCGAAGCAGAUGAGCAUCCCAAGAUUUACCGAAUGAAGCUGUGGGCGACUAAUGAAGUUCGCGCUAAAUCCAAGUUUUGGUAUUUUCUGCGGAAGUUGAAGAAAGUGAAGAAGAGCAACGGUCAGGUGCUCGCUAUCAACGAGAUCUUUGAGAAGAAUCCAACAAAAAUCAAGAACUACGGUAUUUGGUUGCGCUACCAAAGUCGCACAGGAUAUCACAACAUGUACAAGGAGUACCGGGACACCACCUUAAACGGAGCAGUGGAAGCAAUGUACAAUGAAAUGGCUUCUCGCCAUAGGGUCAGGCAUCCUUGUAUCCAAAUCAUCAAGACAGCAACCGUCCCUGCCAAGCUUUGCAAGAGGGAAAGCACCAAGCAAUUCCAUGACUCCAAAAUCAAAUUCCCCUUGGUGUUCAGGACUGUUAGGCCACCCACCAGAAAGCUGAAGACCACUUACAAGGCUUCAAGGCCCAAUUUGUUUAUGUAAUUUGUUGCUUGUUUAAGGAAUGAGAAAAAGUUAUCAUCAGAGUUGUCUUAUUUUGAAAGCUUCGGUAGAGACCUUCCUAUCAGCGGUUCUUCAACGUUUAUUUUUAUUUUAUAUUUGGGACCAGACUUUGAUUUUUUGGGUUUAUUGCCAUGUCUUUUGGUUUCUUAUGGAAGUAUAUCAUCAGCGCCUUAUGAAGUCUAA